GUGUGAGGACACCUUCAGAGGAGCUACUACUCACCGAACUGCACAUGCACAUGAAGGUGCACAGACUCUGAGAAGAAGGAAUUAGCAACACUGAACUCUCCAGAACAAAGGCUCUAAUUAAGGUCCCCUGCCUCGAUGGAUUAUACACUGGAGCCCAAUGUGACAGCAAUUACUGACGACUACUAUCCUGGUAUGUUCGCAAGCCCCUGCGAUGGGGAGCUUACCCAGAGGGACAGCAGGUUGCUUCUUGCCAUCAUUUAUUGCCUUCUGUUUGUAUUUGGCCUUCUGGGAAACAGCCUGGUCAUCGUGGUCCUCGUGGUCUGCAAGAAGCUGAGGAGCAUCACAGACGUGUACCUCUUGAACCUGGCCCUGUCCGACCUGCUCUUUGUCUUCUCCUUCCCCUUUCAGACCCACUAUCAGCUGGACCAGUGGGUGUUUGGGACCGUGAUGUGCAAAGUGGUCUCUGGAUUUUAUUACAUUGGCUUCUUCAGCAGCAUGUUCUUCAUCACCCUCAUGAGCGUGGACAGGUACCUGGCUAUCGUCCACGCCGUGUACGCCAUAAAAGUGAGGACGGCCAGAAUGGGCACAGCCCUGAGCCUGGUAGUGUGGCUGACAGCCAUCAUGGCCACCAGCCCACUGCUAGUAUUUUACCAAGUGGCCUCUGAAGACGGCGUCCUGCAGUGUUACUUGUCUUACAACCAGCAGACUUUGAAGUGGAAGAUCUUCACCCACUUCGAAAUGAACAUCUUGGGCCUGUUGAUCCCGUUCACCGUUCUUCUGUUCUGCUACCUUAGCAUCCUGCACCAGCUGAGGAGGUGCCAGAACCACAACAAGACCAAGGCCAUCAAGCUGGUGCUCAUCGUGGUCAUUGCAUCUUUACUCUUCUGGGUCCCAUUCAACGUGGUCCUCUUCCUCACGUCCCUGCAUAACAUGCACGUCUUGGAUGGGUGUGCCCUGAGCCAGCAGCUGAUUUAUGCCACCCAUGUCACAGAAACCAUUUCGUUCACUCACUGCUGCGUGAACCCCAUUAUCUAUGCUUUCAUGGGCGAGAAGUUCAAGAAACACCUCUCAGACAUACUUCAGAAGAGUUGCAGCCACAUCUUCCCCUACAUCGGAAGACAAAUGCCCAGGGAGGGCUGGGAAAGGCCGUCGUCCUUCCACCAGCACUCCUCCCGUUCCUCCAGCAUAGACUACAUUUUGUGAGGAUCAGUGAAGAGGAAAUAUCAAAACGCUUUCUUGAGUAGCACGCUAGCAGCAGUGAACAGAGGGGUGGAUGUGGAAGGUUUUCAGAGUUUAGCGUGAAGGACGUUGUCUAUGCUGUCGCCACCACUUGGAACGGUGACUAAAGACACAGUCGUGCCUGCCUGGCACCAUCUCUGAACUGUGACUCUGUUCAGUGAUGAUGAUGGACAAGGUGGUGACUUCAAAGGAUUCUGUAUGGCAAGUGAGAAAAAAAUGACGCCUGACCUCCUUACAUAUACACAAAAUACACCUUCAGAGUCCAUUGGUAUGCUGGAAGAAGUGGAUAUUGAAAAGUUUCGAACAUCGAAACGAGCCUCCAGUUGUGCAUUCAUUGACUGAUGGUGAAACAGCCAAAACGGUUCUGAAUUGAGACGACUGUAAUAAUAGCGACAAUGGAGAUGACAUUAUUUACGCUGCAGAAAACGUGCCUGUAGACAACGUGGUGGAAAUAUGUGAUGGGCUUACUGAAGGACUAGAGCAGUGCACAUUCAUAACAGAACAGGAAACCAUGUCAGUUUAUAAAAUCAAAGAGAGACUUCUAAGACAAAAACUGUUGAUGGGGCAGAUAACUCUUGUUACAGUCCGGAGCAAGAGAAAUAACCACCGAGUCAAAUUGACAGGUCUAAAAAUGAGUCUUCAUAGCUGGCCAGCGGCACACCCUCUGACCCGUGGUAGCCAGGUUCAGAGUGUGGCCCCAAAUGCCUGUUUUACAAAGCUUAUAUACCCUCCACCAAGGCACCAUUGGUGACAUUAAGCAUACAAUUGGAACAUAUUGGUAAUACUUUCCAAGCCUGGGGGGGGGGGUCUGGGACCUGCCUCAGACCA